UGAUUGAACACGAAAUUUUGUUUUUAUUUACGAUUGGUGGAAUGUGUUCAAUGUCAUGAUGAAGAUUUGACAAUUCCGUGUCUUGUGAUAUGACACGUUAACCAUUCGUUGUGUUAUUUUCUUAUCGCAGUGUCUUUGCAGUCAGUUUUUUAAAUUAGCAAUUUCCCAGAUCUAGAGUAACUACUUCAAAUCAACCAGGAAUUAACUUAUCGUCAUCCUACACAUGUGUGAAUUCGCGAUCCUUAAAAUAAUUUGUGUGGCGUGAACCUUCUCAUUGCUGGAAACCCCAUCUCUGGUUGUUGGACUGUAGGCUAUGAUCAGCUUAUCACGGUGGAAUACUGACACCCACACUUUAACAAUAGCCGUUUUUCGAUCAAAACAAGAUGGCUCAUCAAAAAUCAACAUGUGAGACCUGUCAGCGCUCCUGUACAAACUGUGGGGACCAAAGCAGUCUCCAUCUGCAUGUUGAAAUAGAAAACUUGAAGCAAAGACUAUUGGAGAAGGAAAAUCACAUUGUAAAUAUGGAGACUAAUUUCUUGAAAGAAGCUGAAAAAUUUCCCAACGGGGAGCAUGCAGCUUUAACAGAGGAAGUAUUAAUGUGGCAGGAGAAGUACUCAAGGUUAUAUGAAGCGCACAAAAGAGUGCAAAAAGUAAACCAAAGUCUUGAGGAUAAGUUGCUGAAAAUUGUAGAUAAAUGCGAAACUGAGAAAAAUGCCUUAUCAACAGAAAUAGCCAAUUUGACCAGGAAGCUGGUCGAUGAACAGUUCUCUGUCAGUAAAUUACAAGAAGAUAAUGAGCGGUAUAAAACUGAUUUAAAUCUAGCCAUACAGCUAUUGCAUUGCAAACCUUCCAAUUUUGUGCCACAAAGACUAGAUGCUUUACCGAGUGAUAUUCAAGCAAAAGUUAGAUCACACUUAACUCCCAAGAGUAUCAGAAGAUUCCCUGAUGGAAAUGGCAACAUACAGACCAAGCAUGAAAUGAAAACAAUUAAAGUGCCAAUACCAACUUUUCCUCCCACCGCCAUGGUGUACUCUCUGGAUAAACCUACAAUUGAUAAGGAAUCACAGUGUGACGAUGCCUCGGGGAAACCACCUCAAUCUCCAGUUGAUAUUGUCUCAGCAGCAAUAAUGGCCAAAGUUUUAGAAGAGAGGGAAAGAGAAAGAGCUUCUCCGAAACACUGUCGAACGUGCUUUUGUUCCUCGCGCACCUCCCAAAACAAAUGCACCCAGACGGAUGAAAAUGAUAUCCUUUUUUUUACAUCUUUUGACUUUGACAACAAAGCAGUAAUGAAAAAUGGAAGUGAUAGUUAUAAAAAUCCUAGCUUUGAUUCGUUUGAAGCAGCACCUAAACUCACAAGACCUGGUAUUAAAUUUUCUAAACGGGACUCUAGCAAGUCUGGUUUUAGCGUCAGCAAAAUUAGUCAACAGCCUUCAAAUUUGUCAUCCUCUGAUGAAAAACUUAUCCAAGAAAUCAACAGUUCCUGCAAUAAUUGUAAUAAUAACAAUAUAAACAAUGGUAAGCAAAAGGAGUGUAGCAUUGGUGUGACCAUUCCUUCGGCGGACAAAUUUUCCGAUUCUGAUAAUGACUCUCCAUCGACAUCCUGUAAUUUGAUUAGUUUUGAUAAUUCCUCCUUGAGCUCAUCCGAAAACUGCAAGGAAAAUACUUCGACUAAAGUAUCUCCUGUCGGCCCUCGUCUUUGUUCAGUAAGAGUGCAAGCUGGCUCACAUAAUAUUUUGUUAGAUAAUGCUGUUAAUCCCUAUUCCACUCCAGUUCUGUAUCGAAGUAGAUUUUUCAACGAUGCAACCGAACCCUUAGUUCACUCAUCUCGAUCAAGAUCAACAUCCAUCUCUUCAAGCCCAGAAGAUGCAUCCAUUGUUCAAAGAAAACUACUCUGCGCUGAGACAGAAAUUUAAUUGUAUCAUCACAUCAUUAUUUUCCUUUGUCAAAGUGAAUUGAAUCAUAUCUCUAUCUGAGUGGGUCAGCUGUAGUUUUUGUAUUCAAUCAAAACUAAAUGUCUCAUAUUUGACAGGGACUUUAAUCGUAGCUUUGUGAAUAAUCCUGGAAGGAGGAAAGGAUGGAAGUAAGUUGAAGUGAAAGGGUGGCUGAACGAGGUUGAAUAAGAAAUGAAGGAAUUCUAGCUCCCAUGUCUCUGGCGACCAGGUAUUGCAGAACGCCAGAAAGCGCUGUAAAAGCGGCUCUUAUUUGUGUAUUAAUUCUUUCAAGAUUGGUUAAAGCUGUUCGCAAGAUACUAAUUUCUUACUCGAAUUGAUAAAUUCACUCUUAUGAUUGAACAAAAUGUACAUCUGACCCAGUCGGUGUUUCUGAUAUGCAUUUGUAUUAUAAAAAUUGUGGUGCUAAGUGUCACUAAUUGCCUCAGUCAUUUACUUUUUGUACCUUUGGGGCAACAAAAAGUUUACCAUCUGAAGUAACUGAUAGGAAGAAACGUGCUAUAGUUUUUCCCUGAUUAAUAUUGGCAAGGAUGAAAGCAAGAAAAGGAGCCUUUUUUAACUUAUUUUCCGAUUGCACUAUUCAUAGACCUUUCUGCUCAUUUUAUGUAUAGUUAUGCUGUGUCUUGACAACUGGAUUUAGAGCUCAAAAUUGGUCCUACCAAGAGUAUCAUUUAAACUUGUCAGGAAGGUAGUAACGGGGUUAUAAAAAACGUAUUUACUUCGUUUUAAACAUUAAAAGAAGCCCAAGUAGUAUCAAUUCUCAAGAUAUUUCCCCGAUUAUUAUGCUUCUCUCACUUUCCCAAGAAACGAUUUCUUUCUGAGAAAGGAGUAUUCACUUUGGUGCUUUUUUUAACCUAAAUAGCCCGUAUGAAGGAAAAUUGCACUUAUUUUUCUAUCUUGAAGCUGUCAUUUGAACAGACACUUCCUUUAAGGUUAUGAACCAGUCAAAAUGAGGUAUGUAAAAGGACAGUUGAGGAAAUAAAAAUGUGAUCCUUCUGGUUAACAUCCGGCUUACAUUUAUAUUUCAAGUGUGUAGGGCUUGGCAAAUCAACGAGAUACUGGAAUUUUUUUUUUUUUUUUGUAGCUUCUGAGAUGUUAAUGAAAAAUCAUCUUUCAGUCAUAAAUUAUGUCCUCAAUUUCAGACCCUUGUCUCAGCCCUAAUUCUUGGUCAUCCCUAAUGCUAUCCUACAAUACAGGGACCUGUAUUGUCUCCUAGAGUGAUUAUCUGAAAGAUCAACUUGAAACAUUUUUCCACCAGAUUCCUAAAGUCUUAAUUGAUGUAAAGAAAGUUUUUCUCUUCUGUUUAACUUUUUUUCAAACUUUAAUCUAUGACCUCUGAAAAUUUGGUUUAAUAUCUGCCCCAGUUUUUUGACAGAAAACGUUUAAUUUGAGCCAUCAUAACCAUAUUUAAGUAUUGGAUUCAGAAUUUUUGUCUUUAAUGCAGCAGUUUUGUCUUCCAUGUUCCGAAAAACUGACCAUAAGUAAUCUGAGUCCUGUUCUGAAUUAAUUAGCAACAUUAUCUUGCUUCCCCCCCCUCCCAAAAAAAAAAAAACUGACUGGGCUCUCUGUAUUUUGUAAUCAAAUGAAUCUUCUACCUAAAUGAGGCCGGCUAAAUUUUUACACAGCCAAAAAUUGUAAAGCCAUCAGGUUGGUAGGAUAAAUUUUCUACCGUUGAAUAUAAUUCACAUCAAAUGUCGUAAACUGGCCUCUAGGUUGUUUGAAUGCAACAGAGUGAAAAAUUGCAAUCUUUGAAAUUUUACGGAUCGAAAAAGAUUGUAGUGAUUACCUAUUAAAGUCUAGUAAUAUUAGAACGGAUUUAAUUGGAAUCAGCCUAUCUGUAUAUCACAUCACCUAACUUUCUCUUUCGUUUUAUUUUUUUGACAGAACUAAACUAGUUAACGCCCCUAAACUCUCUGUGAAAUAACCAUGUACGAGUACCAUGAAGUACCUAGAAAAUUUCAAGUUUCAAUAUUGCUUAGUUUUCUGCUCAAAAAAUAAAGAAUUAGAAGAAAUUCGACAACGUCCAGUUUAGCUAGGCGGAUUUCAGUUAAAUCCGUCCAUCUGACUGUUAUAAAGUGUGAUACUAAGUACUAGAUUUGCAUAGUAGUAUGCACGCUUUCGAUAAUAUGUAUUAGACUUAUCGAUCGUAAAACUGCAGAAAUGCCUGUCUCACUUAGUGGCAUUGUACUCUGCCUGUCAUAUUUUAUUUUCUUCACAGAAAACUAUGUUACGUCAUCUCUUGAAACCUUUUGUGAGUUUCCUUCUCUUUGCAAAGAAUAUUCUGUAAAAAUUUCAAGCCAGGAUGUUGGCUUGAUCUCCUUUUAAAAAGUAAAAUAGGAACGAAGAUUUUGAAAAAUCGCAACUGAGAUACGCAUUUGCAAAGUUUCACUGUUGACAUGUGCAAUUUUACAGACAUACUAGUUUUGACAAAUGAUUUCUUGAGGAUCAUUUGUGUACUUGAAUCCAGUAACUGUCACAAUUCUGUUUUUCUUUGCAAAACCAGGUACCUACCCUUGCAGACUUUGUGGUCGAUUUUGAUUUAGGUUUGUACGUAAUAGUUUUGACAGCUUGGUGUUCUCUUUUUUCAAUAUCAGGGACUGUGUUACCAAGUUUGGAUUCAUCUUUCAUUCGUCUGUAUCCUUGAGCAUUGCAUUUCAGGUUGUUGUUUUCUCUCUAUAUUGCUGCUUGUUGCUAGUCAAAGAUUGUACCUAUUAAGUUUGUAUUUGUAUUGCCUUGUUGUGUAAAUAUAUUUAGUUAUAAGCACUUAUGUGUUUACUUAUAAUAAGCAUGUUUUGGGACCUCCUGUGCAAAAUGCAUUGAUUUUUGAAGUGCUAUCGUGCUGAUUCUAGGUGUAAAUUAUCUAGGUUUAUUGUUCAGUCCUCUCGGAAUGAGGAUGUAUUUUUAUAGUAGGAACUUCAUAUUUAAUUUACAUAUUUAUCUUUGUAAAGAUUUUCCACGGAGACCAUAUUCAUUAAUUAUCAAUUUAUUUUAAAAAAGACACAUUUGCUUCCUCAGUACCAGUCUAGUGUACUUUAUUAGCUAUUAAGAUAAACAAAUCAACUUGACAUAACAAUACAUCUGAGUUUUUCUCAGUUGUUGUCUGUAUGUAUUUAUUCAUUGGUCUGUCGAUCUUUAUUGAGCUGUUACUGUUUCUCUUCUUUAAGUGAGCUCUUUUUUUUUUCUCAGUACAUCUCUGUAUAACAAGAAAUCCUAAUGCCAGUCACAUCAUUGUUGAAAUAUAUUUUAGAAAGAAAAAAAGCAAACUGAACCCCAAAAACUUAGUUGAGAGAGUUCUGGACAGCAUCGUGACGAUGUAACUGCAGAAAAACGAAUUUAGCUUGUGUCGAUGUAGACUUCCUAUCACACUUUAUUCUCUAAAUGGAAAAUUACUCAACAAAAUUUCUAAAAAAAAAUGUUGGAAUUUUUCUGCUCUGCGUGAAAAGUAUUCUGUAAAAAUUUCAAGCAAUGAUGUUGACUCUAUCUCCUUUGAAAAACAAAAUGGGAACAGAGCUUUUGAAGCACCGCAAUCAAAAUACGCGUAUACCAUAAUGAAACAUCGCUUUGGAAGUAUAAUUUAACAGGAAUUUUCAUCAAGUAAAAGAAGAAUAUUAAUGGAAAAGUUAAAGGUCUCAUGAUGUCUGAGCCUUAGUUCAGCAAAAAAUUUCAUCAGAAAAUUGUGUCUGUUAAUUCAGUUCUUGCACAAAGACUCCUCCUCAUAGAUUUGCCUGUAAGGAGAUGAUUCAAAAGAUUUAUAGUACUUUUAUAUUAAUUCAGCAUAAUUAUGUAAAAGGACAAAAUAUAAGUGAAAGUUUUGUUCAAAGGUCAGGGAAAGUCAGAGAAUUCGAAAUUUUGGAGUCAUCGGAGAGCAAAAAAGUUGAGGGUUUGGAAUACAGAAAAAUAAUGGAAACCUUGUGUGUCGUUUUUACCAGCGGCUUUUGAUAAAGAUUUAAAUUUUCGGAUAAUUCAUGUCUUCAAUAGGCUUCACUGAACGCUCUCUACCAUAGAACUGUGUAACAAUUAUUUUUCUUAUUUAGUUGUAGUUGUCACUUACAUUCACACUGAUAACCCUCCGUGUCUGUUGUAAGUAGAUUAUCUGAUACCAUAAGGUACUUCUGAUUGACUUAACAAAUCUGUGCUUCCCACCUACGUCUUACUUUCGUCUUAUUUAACUUGCUUGAAUUUUCAUCAGAAGUUCCUUUCUUUCAAAUUUUUGUUCUUUGUAUGUACUGUUUGUUUUUGAGCAAUCGAUUUUGAACAUAUCCUAGAGAGUUUUUGCUUAGUAACUCAACUGACUGUUGAGAAAAAAAGUCGAUUUCUAAGACUUCGAUAGUUUUGUACUUCAAAUUAAGGGACAAAAGAUGUAGAACAGUUAGUAAUAUAAGUAUCCAAAUAAGAAUGAAUCAAAGUUGACAUUAUUCAAUGCAAGUUGAGUUUCUCAUAAAGGAGGGUACUUUUGUAAAGGCUGAUUAAUUUUCAUUGAAGAGGAAGGGCUUAAAAGAGGAGCGGUUGUCACGAAUAAUCAUAAAUAGGAUCAAAAGAGAACCUUAGCCGACUUUUGCAAUUAUUGAAACUGUUACGGCAAAUGAUUCUCUUUUCGUUGUAGCAACGGUAUGUGUUGUCAGGAUGUCAAAAUUAAAGAGACAUGGAAAGUAUUUCACUGGAAAAAUUAUUUUCACAUUCUUAAUUUUGUUCUCAAAGUUAUAAUCUUUUAGUGCCAAAAGAGUAAUCAAACUUUUAAAAAUUUUGAUUUUUUUUACGAACUUUCUUUGAAAUGCUUAGAGAUGUAUCUUCAAUGUGUAAAUGCUCAAGUUGCAAAUUUUUUAUCUUGCAACCUGAAUUUUUUUCAAAACUUCAUCCAGAAGUGUCAGGAUUGGCCCCUAAGGAAAUCAAUUUAAUCUAAAUAGAGGAAACUCUUCAAUUACGUACCACAGCUACCCUGAAAAUACCUUAAUAUUUACAAAAGCUUUAAAUCAUGGAAUGUGAAAUGAUAAAAUCGAAUUUUACUAAGAUUUUCAUUCAAACUUGUCCAAGAAUUUCAUCACUUCAUUUUCGUAGGCAUCUCUUACGAAAUAUGAAUACCAUUCAAGAACAUAUUAUAAUGAUCCUUACUUUAGCUUAGAGGGAUUUUCCCUCUUUCUAUAUAUAUGUACCUACUGAUAAUCCCCUCAAUGAUACCCUUUUUUCUGGGCUUCGUUCUUUAACUCACGAGAAGGAGUACAUAAGACCCCCAUUCCACUAGUUAUCUAUCCUGUAUUUUUGACUUUACUGUUUGUGAUAAUUAGAAAGUAAUUUUAGGUAUUCCUUUUUUCUUUUUUAAUAGAAAGUUUUAUUUUGUCACACUGUGAACAUGCUUGCCUGGUUCUAAACUUUUGUUAUGUAUGUACAAAGUAUACAAAAUUUCCCAGCAACUUCACUUGCUUAUGUUUUUAUCAGAAUAUUCUUCCUUCUCUCCCUGAAACUUUUUAUCUGUACAGUUUCUACUUGACUCAUGUUACAGACACAAUGCUAUUUUUGAUGAAGUAGGUUUUUUGCCCUCUCUUCACUUUUACCGAUGGACCCCAAGUAUUAUUUUGAACCGAGAAAACUGAAAACUGUAUUUUGCGAUUUAUUCAGUUUGCAAAUGGUUUUAUCAUCUCCGGAUCACCUGAGGUUCCCUUUGCAAGAAUUCCUCUUUGUAAAACACUGAACAGUUUUUUUUUAAUUUUUGUGAUCCCUUCUUUUUUUUCUACCAAAGUGUCUAUUUUUUGAUCCGGAAAAAUUGUCAUUUGUAUAUUUGUAUUAACCAGUCUGAUGAAUCUUGUGAUUUCUCGCUUGAAUGUUACAGAAUAGAAAAAUAUUUAAAGUAA